UUUCCAGCUCAUUCUGGGGGAUCCCGAGGCGUUCCAAGGCCAGCCGGGAGAUAUAAUCCCUCCAGCGUGUCCUCGGUCUUCCCCGGGGCCUCCUACCAGCAUUUAAAAGGAAAUCUAAAAUGUUGAAUUGUGAAUGCCCCAGUAGAGAGUUAUGAGGAGGAAUGCUAGGAUCCUCAUUCAUCUAACCGCCUGAUGGAUGCUGCACAGAGGGAGGUUAUACGCUUUAGUCCCGGCCCACUUGCACUUGUUGCUGAAUAGAUGCGGGCUGCAUUGCCACGGGAGACCCCGAAGUAUCCGCGGCCGUCAUCGCCAUGGGGAGCAGGCUGCUGUGUGUCUGUUUGCUCCUCCUCGACUUUUCCAAAGAGACGUCAGGCUUCAAGAUUCAGAACAAGCUGCUGGUCCAAUGUCUGCAGGUGCAGCGUGGGAGUUUAGGAGGCAGAGUAUCUCUGGGGGAGUGCAGCCCACAUUCAGCCUUACAGGAAUGGCGUUGGCUUCCGGAGAGCCAGGCCCUCAGCAACCACCACACCUGGGAGUGUCUGACGGCCCCGGGGGAGCAGUAUGAAGGCGUCUACCUGCAGCCCUGCAUCGCCCGGGCUGAAGGUGACAACACUGGUGGCCGGGUGGCAGCGGAGGACACAGGCCGAGAGGCGAGCAGCCAGUCGUGGUUCUGUUCCAAGAAAGGCCAGCUCACUUUGGCAGGGAGGGGGCUGCACCUUAGUGCAACACAAGAAUCCACUUUGGUCUUCCUUUCGAGGGAACAUAAGCAGCCUGGCAGCAGGUGGCGGACACUUGACAAUCAGACACUGUGCAAUGGGAGAGACAACCAACACCGACCUCACCACAAUCUGGGGAAAUCCUUGGAACCUGGGAUGAUUCCAAGUGCCAUCUCUGAUAUAAAGGCUGAACCAUUUGAAGGUAUGAUGGCAGUGGAAGUCACAGAAACAUAUCCUGUAGUGGAUGUGCCUCUUUCGUCCCCGAGCACCAAAUCCCCUGCCGAUCCCACCAUGGUUUUCUACAGCAUGGACUAUGGAAUGGGCUGGAAGAUAACCAUGCUGGUACUAAGCUCUUUGGCUCUGGUCCUCGGGACUGUGAUUCUUAUCCUCAAUGUUUACUCCAACAGAAGGAAGAAGGUGGUGUGUAUUUUGAAGUCAUACACGGCGAGGCCUGAGAUGAGUGUUCCUGGGUCCCCGGUGCCCAGUGAAAGAGCCCCGCUGACCCAGCAUGCCAUGCGCCUCCCACACUCCUCCCCCACUUUACAACGGGGAGAAAUCCUGAUCGAGUGGAAGGACGGCACUGUUACUCCACUCUACGAGGCCUGAAGCUUGUACGUUUAGGCAUUUCUGGACACAGUGUGGUUUCUUGUGCAAGAUUAAUGUGUGUUUUCUGUUGUAUGUUUUUAGACUGUUGCGGGGGGCGGGGGGGGACUGUGUGGUGUAGGCUAUUUCAUAAGAAGGAGAGUUCAUGGAUCAGAUCUGUUUGACUUUGAACAUACAAGCUGUGUUGUGAAGCUGUCAGAGUAGAACAAGUGUGUGAGCAGGACGAUAAGCUUUUGAAAGUCUCGUCUUCUGGUGUUCAAGAUUAAAGGGAUUCCUUGUUGGAUGAAAGGACGGUAAAUUAAUGUUAAAUCAUUCAGACAUCCUUUGUAGGCUUACUUUAGACAAGUCAAGGGCUCAACUAAGUAACCAAUAGGGCUUUAGUUAGAUAGAUACUUAUGAAACUAUGAAACUAAUCUUCUUUCUUUUUACCUACGCCUAAAGGAUAUUGUUGAGCUGUGGGAUGAGUUCAGGUGUCCCAUUAUAUAUUUUGACUUAACAUGCCUAACGACAUAUCAAAACACACCUCGGCUCCUGAGACUCACACCCACAUCGGGAUUAUUUUAGGAAAAUAAAAUUACAGUUGUGUUUUGCGAGAAACACUGUUAGUUGGAAGUUGUUAAGAUGUUUUGAGAGAAAAUCGUAACCUAGUGUACAUAGGAAAUGUCAAUAGUGUGACACUGUAUAAUUCAAUACUGUAAUGCACUUUGCUUACUGACACUACAUAAACAUGUAUUCAUUAAAAUUGUGAAAUAAGGCCGUGCUUAUCACAUUGAUUUGAGGUUGACAGCUUAUUCUCAACCUUUGAAACCGCAGUUGACGAAACAAUCUCCACUCAAGGUCUACGUGAGCGUUUAACCUCAGCACACCUUCUUCACCUAUGGAGGAAGUUUGCUCAAUUGACGUGGACCUGUAGAUGUUUAAACUUUCCAUUCUUCUGAGCGCUUUUGGGAUCUCUUAUCUUUCAAAGUUCACUGUGAAGACAAUGUAGUUGAAAGCUGCAGAACCAGCUUUUGACUGGAGAUUGUUUUGUCAACUAUCAUUGACCUUUUGUAUUUGUCUGUCAACCUGGUAGACCACCAAGUUGUGGUUAAUGUGUUAGUCUUUUUAACAAAAAAGUAUUUUAUAUUGGGAAAUUGCUAAUAAAAUGAGAUGUAUAAACAGGAU